AUGUGGAUUCAUGCAGGGCUGACGUGGUGGGCCGUCCACCUUGCAGCUGGCAUUCCGACGCGGAGGGGUCAACCAUCCGUCCAGGAUCAGAUCGUGCCUCCGAACAGCUACAUGACUGCGGUCAAUGUCCGUGUCGACACGCUGUUCGUCCUUCCAUCCCAUCUGCCCGGCCUGAUGAUAUCGCGGCUCCUGCGUAUCACGCUCUCCAUCAUUCUUCUUCCGUUGAACAAUGCGAUCCUCAUCGCACUGUACAUCUGGAAGCAUGUCUCGGUCCGUUUGUCCUAUCCCAGCUCGCUCCGCCCGCGUCAAACGGCCCUCCAAGACGUCCACUUCUACCCGAAAACCGUCCUGAUCACGGGCGUGGACACCCCACAUGGGCUGGCCGUCGCUCGGGCAUGGUAUGCUCAGGGCCAUCGCGUCGUAGGUGCGGGCGUAUCUAUAUCUGAGCGCGGGCUCGUCCUCUCGGGAGUCAGCCUAUCCACAGCCCUGUCAGCGUUCUACCACAUCCCGCGCGGGCUCUACGCCUCCCGCUUGCUGGACGUCGUCCAGCGGGAGAAAAUCGACAUCUGGAUUCCGUGCUCGGCCUCCGCAACCGCCAUGGACGAUGCAAUGGCCAAGGAGGCAAUCGAGAGUCGGACCAGCUGCGUCUGUAUCACGCUUGGGACACCCCUGGUGAGCCAGUUCGCGAGGCACGAUUCGUUUACCCAGUAUCUACAGGAGAAGAACCUUCCGGUCGUGGAAAAUCACCACGUCCAGUCGCGCGAUACAAUACACAAGAUUCUACACCGGUCGCCGACGAAGGUCUACCGCAUGCGCCGACCGAGUGCGGCCAUGAGCGACGGGCAUGCGGUUAUCCUGCCGAAGCGGACGGUCAGUCUGACGUAUUCUGAGGUCAGUGAGAUCCAGAUCUCGAAGGAUCGGCCAUGGGUGAUGCAGCAGCAGAGUCGGCUGGGAGAGUUCUCUGCCGAGCUGUUGGUGGUCGGUGGGCAAGUUCAAGCCCUCCGUGUCUUCUCCGUGGGGAGCCGUUCAGCAUGCCGCUCUCGUCUGGAUGAGGGGCUUGCCACUGCAAUCCACAAACUUAUGGCACGUUUUUCCUCCAAGGCAGGCACCCAGAUGACAGGACAUUUGAAUGUGCAACUCAUGGUGGACGAAGAAUUCGACGCGAACCACGUGCGGUACGUGAUACACAUCGCGGGAUGCACACUCGGUGCGAGUGCAACAGAGCGUCUUCUCCACACUACCCCAAUGCACACAUUAGUCCGUGGGUAUCUGGCUGUGCUUGCUCCGCAGGUCAAUGGUGCAGCCAGUCUUUGCGGUGACAGCCACACGCAACCGGUGUUAAUUGAAUCCGCGAUCCCACCACGAAAAUAUAGCCUGUACCAGACAGUCAAGGAUAGCGGAGUUCGGCGGAUUCUCCCUGCGUUGUAUCCGACCUUGCAGAAGGUGGAUAAGAUUAAUGAUGGCUUAAGCGAUCUGCUGUUCUUCUGGAAGGACUGGCGGUUUUCGAGUUUCGAUCCGCUCCCUUGGUGGUGGCAUACUCAUGUCCAUCAGCCCUGGGAAGAUGCGGAGCGCAUUCUGGGGGAAGUUAGGAGGUCUAAGUAG